UGAGAGGUAUCUACAACCGACUUUACCGAGGUGUACUGUAUACAUACAUGUUGACACUCUCUCUUAACCUAUAAAAAGCCACGGUAAUCAUCACUAUCAAAAACUUUUCACUUCACUGCCCUUCUUCUACGUUUACAAUUCUGCAACCUUCUAAUACCAAGACUAUAAGCAAUCUUAUAGUGGCGUGAGAACCUCUCAGACCACUGAUCAUGGCUUACGAAAACCGCCGUUUUUCAACCUUCGAGCACAGUUAUCGUUGUUACCCUGUCUCUUUCAUUGAUAAGCCACAUCUGGAAAAGGGUGAUAAAAUUAUUAUGCCUCCCUCAGCUCUUGAUCGCCUUGCAUAUUUACAAAUAGAAUACCCUAUGCUAUUUGAACUUAACAAUCCUGCUGCUGGACGGGUUACUCAUUGUGGAGUCCUAGAAUUCAUAGCUGAUGAGGGACUAAUAUAUUUACCAUACUGGAUGAUGGAAAACAUGCUCCUACAAGAGGGAGACGUAGUGCAACUGAAGAAUGCCAGCCUAGCAAAGGGAACAUAUGUUAAGCUGCAGCCACACACCAAGGAUUUCUUAGAUGUCUCCAACCCCAAAGCUAUCUUGGAAACUUCAUUAAGGAGCUACUCUUGUUUAACAACUGGUGAUACUAUCAUGGUUGCUUAUAACAAUAAGAAGUAUUACAUUAAUAUAGUUGAAACAAAACCCUCCUCUGCAGUCAGUAUCAUUGAAACGGACUGUGAGGUUGACUUCGCCCCUCCUCUUGAUUAUAAAGAACCUGAAAAACCAGCAAAAUCAGCACUGUUGAACAGGAAACAAUCAGAAGCUGAAGAUGAGCCAGCCAAAAAGAUAGCCAAGUUUAGCCCAUUCACUGGUUUUGGGAGACGUUUGGACGGAAGACCCUCAACAGAAUCAGUUGUGCCAGAUUCUUCUCCUAUUCUUAAGCAGCACCAAUCGGAAGCUCAGAAUGGAACCAAGGAUUCCAAGUCAUCAAAUCCUGCUUCAUGUCAACCUUCUGGAAAGCUCGUGUUUGGUUCAAAUAUAAAUCAAUCCGAAAAUGAAAAAUCAAAGGUUGCCCCAAAAAACAGCAGUCAAGAUCCACCUCAGAAGGAAGAAGAGCCAAAGUUUCAAGCAUUUAUGGGGAAGAAGUAUUCAUUGAAAGGCUAAUUAUAUUUAAGCUUCUCUUACCCCCAUUGCUUUGCUAGAUAGGAGGUAGAACCAAUCAUUUGGUCAAUGGAAGAUCCUAAAUUCCUAACCCUACAGAUGUUCUGCCCUAAAUUUUUUUCCCCAUUAUAUAUUUAUGUUCAUAUGAACCCAAAGUCAAUGCUAUAGAAGUAGUAUGAACUCUGAUGAUUCAAACAUUAUAUUUCCAUACUCAUUGGAGUAU